AUCCCAAAACCAACUAAUAAUGUCCCUCCAACGCCAGAACCAUUCUUCCUCCUUCCCUUCUUGCUUCCGCCCCGCCUCCGCCGCCGCCGACACCUUCAAAGCGUCUCCACCGCCUCCGCAAACCGUUGGUAAAACCAACCUUACAACAAGUUUCUACCACACAAAUCUUGGGCUUUUCUCCCUCACCUGGUCCCGUACCUUCCUUGGCUGCUCUAUCAUCCUCAACCUCUACCCUUCCUCUCAUUUCUCUCACUCUUCGCCUCUCUCUCUCCCUUCAUUACCUUCCUCCUACACCCUCCGUUUUCAUCUUCUUAUCAAACCCUUCCUUUUUUGGAAGAAAUAUGGGAACAAAAAGCUCAGUACCGCCACCACCGCCAACCUCCAUGUCUUCUGGGACAUUUCUAGGGCCAAAUUUGGACCUGGUCCAAAACCCGAAUCCGAAUUUUAUAUCAUCGUCGUUUUUGAUCGGGAUAUGAUACUUCUCGUCGGUGAUUCUACCAAAGAAGCUUACGCCAGAAAUAAAGCCCAAGCUCUUGUUUCGAGAAGGGAACACCUGUUUAGCAACAAAUUGUACACUACAAAAGCCAGUUUUGCCGGCAAAAUGAGAGAAAUUUCGAUCGAAUGUAGGGUAAACGAUGAUACAGAGCUUUGUUUCCGCGUCGACAAUGAAAGGGUAUUGCAAAUAAAGCUGCUGAAAUGGAAAUUUAGAGGCAACGAGAAGAUUCAAGUCGAUGGGUUCUCGAUUCAAAUCUCGUGGGACGUGUAUAACCGGUUGUUUGAUCGGGAUUUGAACAAUGAGCAUGCGUUUUUCGUGUUUAAGUUUGAGGAUGAAGAUAAAGGCAGGGUUUUAAAAAACGGUCUGCUACCGCGAUUUCGACCGUGA